AUGUCUGCUGAAUCCGCACAAGUUUCUGAGCUCCCCGCCGGUACCACUACCGUUGUUCGCGCCGAGAAGGCCCAAAAGCUUAUCUCCAAGCUUAACCUCAAGCGCGUCGAGGGCAUCACUCGUGUUGUCAUGCGUCGUCCCAAGAACAUCUUGCUUGUUGUCAACGACCCCAUCGUUUACAAGAGCAGCAACAAUGCUUACAUUGUUCUUGGCCAAGUUACCGUUGAGGACAUGAACGCUCAAGCCCGCGCCUUUGCUGCUGCCCAAAACGCUGCUAAGGACGGCGAUGAGACUGAGGAGUCCAAGGCUGAGGAGACUGCUGAGGCUCCCGCUGCCGAGGAGAAGGCCGACGAGCCUGAGGAGGCUGUUGACGAGACUGGUGUCGACCCCAAGGACAUUGACUUGGUCAUGGCUCAAGCUAACGUCUCUCGUGCCAAUGCCGUGAAGGCUUUGAAGGAGAACGACAGCGAUGUUGUCAACGCUAUCAUGUCCUUGACCAUGUAAGUAGAGUAAUUUUUAAUAUUACGAAUUGCAUGCACCCAUCAAUCGGGUUCUCUCGAUCGUUAAUCAUCCCAAACGUGUCGUCCUUAUGUUGUUGCUCUUGUCGUCAGUGCAGUAGGGUGGAAGGGGAAGUGAUCUGAG